GUGGAAGGGAGGCGUUUUGCAGCGAUGGAGCAUCCGCACCGUAAACAGCUGGUUUCCGGUGCUUUCUGGGAAUUGUGGUCCUAAGGUGAAGGCGCCGCUUUCGCCUGCCGAGAUGCUGCCGGCUCCGGGAUUAGUCGGUCACGUGUCGCUUGGCCGGCUCGGCAGCGGCGGCGGCCUUCGCGUGUAGCCAUAUGGCCGGGGGUGCGAAGAAGCAGGUCCGCUUUGCCCGGCUGGAAGAAGAGGGAGCGCCAGAAGAAGCGGGAGCCCUCGGGGACGCCGCUGGGGAAGAUGCGGCCGCCGGAGAGUCGGCGCCGCUGGCCCUGCAGCCGGUCGUAAAGGUGGCCGAUGGCAGCGGGCGAAGAAGCCGGGCAGGUGGUGGCCAUGGCGCGGGAAAGCAGGCGGCGGCGGCGGCAGCAGCGGCGGUGGCGGCUUCCCGGCGGGCACUGAAGUGGUGCAUUUCGGCUGCUCUUUGCGCCGCUUUCCUGGGCCUGGGGAUGGCUAUUGCUAUUCUCGGACCAACAUUUCAAGACUUGGCUGCAAAUGUAAAUAAAAAUGUCAGUCAAAUUUCAUAUAUCUUCGUGGGCCGUUCACUGGGAUACUUUGGUGGUUCUCUAAUUGGUGGAAUACUUUUUGACUGCAUGAACUCCAAGUUACUUUUGGGCUUAUCUAUGCUGGGUACAACAGUAGGUCUAUAUGCUAUUCCAUGGUGUAAGAAAGCCAUCUUGUUAACAACCGUGAUGUCCAUCAUUGGUUUUGCAAUGGGAAUUCUGGAUACAGGUGGGAAUGUUCUGGCUUUGGACACAUGGCAAGCAGAAGCUGGUCCUCACAUACAGGCCUUGCAUUUCAGUUUUGCCCUUGGAGCUUUUGUAGCUCCCAUCCUGGCGAAGAUGGUACUGGGUGGUUCUGCCCUUGAAUUGCAGAUACAUCUGGGUAGCAAUAUUAAUAACGAGUCAGCUAUGAAUUCUCCUCCUGGUGCUACGUUGUUGCCGAAGCUUCAUUUAAACUGGAAUUUUGUGUGGUCUUAUGCUGUGAUUGGCACUUACCUCUUACUCGUCGCAUUGUUUUUCUUCACUUUAUAUUUGAGGAGCAUUCCUGUUCGAGGUAGAACAAAACUUUCCAUGCAGAAAUACCAAAUCGCGAAAUAUCACCAUGCUCUCAUAGUACUUCUUUCUGUGUUUUUUUUUUGGUACGUUGGAGCAGAGGUAACCUAUGGCUCCUACAUUUUUACUUAUGCAAAAACCUAUGCUUUUAUGAAAGAAACGGAAGCAGCAGGAUUGAACUCUGUCUUCUGGGGAACCUUUGCAGCUUGCAGAGGAUUGGCAAUCUGUUUUGCGACCUGCUCUUAUCCUGGUUCUAUGAUCCUGAUAAGUAUCGUAGGCUCUACUGUGUCAUCACUCUUUCUGGUCCUCUUCAAUGUACACACGGUUGCUCUGUGGGUCGGUUCUGCAGUGUAUGGUGCCUCAAUGGCUACUAUCUUUCCCAGUGGCAUAUCUUGGAUAGAGCAGUACACCACUAUUCAAGGGAAAUCUGCAGCAAUGUUUGUCAUGGGUGCAGCUCUAGGAGAAAUGUGUAUUCCUGCGGCAGUUGGCUUCCUUCAAGGAUAUUUUCCCACACUCCCAGUGCUCAUGUAUACUGCAUUGGGAGCAGCUGUCAUGACAGCAGUACUGUUCCCUGUGAUGUGUAAAUUAGCGGCAUCAACUAAUGAUGCUAAAUUGAAGGAUGCGGGAGACGGGGAAGUUCAAGAAGCGUUAUUGUCCAGCACUUAUCCCGAAGACGAUGAGGAGGAUAAUGAAAUCAGAGAAUGGAAUGAAGUAGACUUUGAAAUAAUUGAGAUGAAUGACAGACUCCAGAACUCUGUCAUAGAGACCUCUAAGGAGUUCCAAGGAGAAUUUACUACCACCGUCUCCAGCCAGCCUCCUUCAGAGAAUUUGUCAUUUAAUUCUUCUCCUGUACUUGCUGUCAGAUCCCCAAAACGGAAACGUUCAAAUAAGAAUGAUUAAAUUGUCUUAUUGUAGUGUAAAAAAAA